UGAUCCUUCCAAUCCAUCUGCACCUUCUUCACCACGACCAGAUGAUAAUGACAACUCAUCUCACAGUGAUUCUAAUGAUAGUGACAUAGACUCUAAUCCUCGGAAAAAGCGCAGACGAGUUGGAGAUCUAGUAUGGAUCGAUAAAAAGACGCUUAGACGGAUACCACGUGACAAAAUGGAUACGAAAUUAGGACCGUUUAUCAUUAUACGAAAAAAUAAGAGCGGUACCUAUUAUGUGAAAGAUCGAAAAACUGGAGUCGAAUUAAGAACGGUUCAACAUCGGUGGGGCGAACCGAUGGUUGAAAUUGAACAAAUAGAAGGCAUCCACAAGGGACCGAAUUUCCUCGACAAAUAG